AUGCCAACAGGCGCUUUGUUGUUGUCGGUUGCUGCUCAAGCUCUCGCAACUGUUGCCUUGAAUCGCUUCUGCCGUCUGCUGGCCAUUCGUGUAAGCGGUUUUAUUCGCUGUACUGUAAGCCUCGUUCAUCGGUCAAAAACAAAACACCUGUUUGAGGCUUGCUGCAUUGAGCUUUUGGACGACUACAACGCAGCCCUCCGAAUAGCUUUGUGGAAUUGCCUCUACGCAGAGAACACUUACCUGCAGCUGAUGAUGACGACGGCGUCGCAGAUGAAAGUGUCGCCCCCAUCGUACCGCCGAGGAAUGAAUGAACUCUGGAACUUCUUUGACGUUUGUCGCAGACGUGCUCACUAUGUGAGCCAGUGUCUCCGAUGCAAAGUUCCUCUUGAGGGUCCGAGUCAGCGUUCGAUUUUGGUGGAUCCGGCACAGAUUCCCACUGGAUCUUCAGUGGCACCGAUGAAGAUCGCGAAGGCCACGGAGCUAAGGGUUUUUACAGCUCUCUCUCGGCUCUUCGAUGAAUCUAUCAGGAUGGGCAGAAAAGAACUUCUACGAGAUGGUGAUGAAAACUUUCUCCGCCAGGAAAUCGAUUUGGUGGAGAUGAUGGAAGACAUCGGACAAGAGAUGGAGCAUUUCGGUGGGACGACGGGGCACCGAAUUCCGACCGCUGUCAGACGCAAAAUUAAGGCCUUUACUGCAAUCUCGCAGCAGAGCAUUGUGGGCAGAACCCAACUGUACAGGCGAAGAGUCGUUAGCUGUAGCCUGUAG